AUGUUUCACAUCAUCAACGAGCGGAAUGGCCAUGGCUUUAUGCCGCUUGUUGACCAGCUACGAGAAUGGGACGAGUUUCGCGACUUCCAGAAACGAGUACGGGAAGACUUUCAAAACGAUCCAAAACACCGCACACCGGAGCACAUGCUGGAGGAAUACAUGCUCGACGGCCGCUACCUGUUGAAGCGACGCAAAUUUAACGAGUCGGCGUCUCUCGUCGACUGGUCGCUUGAUGUCGCAAAGCAAUCCCGCGUGCAGAACUGGCUCGAGUACCAGGUGAGAGAGAUAGGGCUCCGCAAGUCAAUGUGGGCCAUAGCAAGGCAUAACAUCAGAGGCGCAUACGACGCGGAGGAUCGGCAGUGGCACGUAAAUUACGAGAAACGCCGUAUUGCCGCACACGGGGCGAUGGUGGUCUGGAUGGAAGAGCAGCGGGUCAUCAUGUCUGCGGCAGAAAAGAACGGCACACCAUCCACAGCAACGAGAGAGCAACCGGUCCCGGACGAGGAAGGCACUGGCCACGCCGAUACCAGCGCUCACGAAGCCGCUGGCUCUACCGAUGCGGAAUCGAACGAGAAGAAGAAGCAAUCUGUGUCUCCCUUGCGCCCUCGACAGACGUGGCACAAGGACCAGCAGCAACCCACGGCUGCUGUCAUCUCGCAAUCACAACGGCCGCAACCGUCACCUGAGACAAGGCAACCGCCAGCAGUGCCCGGCAUCAAAGCAGCGACACGCCGGCGUCCUCGUCCUCAUGGGGCUCAGAGGAUGAGUGCCGGCAUCACGAAGAAACAGACGGCCACUACACGUCCCGUCUACACAAGAUACGGACGGCAGAUACGACAACCGGACCGACUGGGUUGGACGUAA